AUGGGCAAGUGCAGCGGGCGCUGCACGCUCGUCGCCUUCUGCUGCCUGCAGCUGGUGGCUGCACUGGAGCGGCAGAUCUUUGACUUCCUGGGCUACCAAUGGGCUCCUAUCCUGGCCAACUUCCUGCACAUCAUGGCGGUCAUCCUGGGCAUCUUUGGCACGGUGCAGUACCGGUCCCGGUACCUCAUUCUGUAUGCAGCCUGGCUGGUGCUUUGGGUUGGCUGGAAUGCAUUUAUCAUCUGCUUCUACCUGGAGGUUGGACAGCUGUCCCAGGACCGGGACUUUAUCAUGACCUUCAACACAUCCCUGCACCGCUCCUGGUGGAUGGAGAACGGGCCAGGCUGCCUGGUGACACCGGUCCUGAACUCCCGCCUGGCCCUGGAAGACCACCAUGUCAUCUCCGUCACUGGCUGCCUGCUCGACUAUCCCUACAUCGAAGCCCUCAGCAGCGCCCUGCAGAUCUUCCUGGCUCUGUUCGGCUUUGUGUUCGCCUGCUACGUGAGCAAAGUGUUCCUGGAGGAAGAGGACAGCUUUGACUUCAUCGGUGGCUUUGACUCCUACGGAUAUCAGGCGCCCCAGAAGACGUCACAUUUACAGCUGCAGCCUCUGUACACGUCGGGGUAG